CUUGAAUUACCUGCUUACUCUAUGACAUAAAUAUUUUUCAUCGAUAUCACUAUCUUUCACUCUAUCACAGAGUCCAAAUUGCUAUAACACGCACAAGUCCUAAAUUGACAGGGACCAAACGGCAGGAACGAAAUCUCUGGAAAGGUACGAACGAAAAAAGAGUACACCCAGACGAAGAGGAAAAAAAAAUUGACAAUUCAUUUAAAACCUUUUAUAACAAAACGAUUGAAGCUAUAUUCAAGAUUGCACUUUUACAGUACUCUAAAUUGAAGCUGUUUCUAUUAAGUACAGCUCCUUCAUAUCUUAGGCUUUCCCCGAUGGAUAAACGGAAAAAGUUUCUUCAUAUAACGGCUUUAGGAGAUCAAAGGAUUGAGGAGGCAUUCAGCACUCCGAAGACCUCUGAUUGGUCUGUUAAUGAAGCAUUGAAGAAAUCCAAUCUUUAUAAAAAUCGGUAUUCCAACGUGUUCCCGUAUGAUAAAACAAGAGUCAGGCUUCCGGUCGAAAAAGGAUCAGAAGAUUAUAUUAAUGCAUCUUAUGUGACACUCGACCAGAAUGAAUAUAUUGCAGCACAGGGACCUUUGACAGAUACUAUCCAUCAUUUUUGGGCAAUGGCGUAUAAUGAAUCAGAGAAGCAGAAUAACGACACCGUGGUGAUUGCCAUGGUUACUCCAUUGACUGAAUCGGGUAUAGUUAAAUGCACUCAAUAUUGGCCAGAUAAAACUCAAACAUCCUUUGAUCUAUCUGAAAAUAUCUUAGAAGAUAGAAUCAGUAUUCCGGGUGGAUCCUUGAAAGUCGAAUACGUACAGGAGUCAUAUAAUGCUGUUGGUGAUUAUCUUUUAACUGAAUUACUUUUGAAGAGCGAUACUAAAGUGAAAAAAGUAUAUCAUUAUUAUUAUUUCAAGUGGGCCGAUGCAAAAGUCCCACCCUCUCUUUCACCCUUGGUUUGUCUUUCCAAAGAAAUUCGUUCAGUGUCAAGCAAAGUGGAAAAUAAAGAAAAGGGAAUACAAAGGCCAACGCCAAUCGUUCACUGCUCGGCAGGAGUUGGGAGAACCGGAACCUUCAUUGCCAUUGACCAUAUAUUCAAUGACGAUACUUUGGCAGAGGCUCACAAAAACCCUCAAGAAGACCCAGUUUUUCAAACAGUUUUACGAUUAAGAAAUUGCAGAAUGAUGAUGGUUCAAACUUUAUAUCAAUAUGAUUUCCUUUAUGAAUCUGCAGAAAAAUGGUAUAGGCAACAAUUAACUCAAUAGCGGCUCACCUUUUGUCCACGGUAAUGACCUCCUCUUUAGAUUAGUGUAUAUACUUAUUCUAUUAUGAUAAUGUUUUGAAAUAGUUGUAAAGCUUUAAGUGCGAUGUGG